AUGGAAGUGAAUGGUAUGGUUUGGGAGAAGAAAAUUCCAAAUGAUCGAUCAGUUGAAAUUGGGAAGAAAUUGAAUAAUCUUUCACUGAGUGAAGGCGGCUUCUAUGGCGCCGCUCCGUACAGAUCGAGGCUUAGCACGAGACAAGUGGCUAGUUCAGAUGAAAUCCAAUUACAGAUUGAUCCGAUGCAUGGGGAUUUGGAUGAUGAGAUCACAGGUCUCCGUAAACAAGUUGGACAACUGAAAUUUGUACCUAAAGAGAUUGGAACAGAGGCAAAGUUUCGGAAUGACUUUCUCAAUGAGCUGCAAAUGACACUGAUCAAAGCUCAAGCAGGGGUGAAGAACAACAUGAGGAGAUUGAACAAGAGUAUCAUCCAGCAUGGAUCAAACCAUGUUAUUCACGUAGUUCUUUUUGCACUUAUUUGUUUUAGUGUGGUCUACUUCUGGUCCAAAUUUUCACAAAGAUUAGGACAUUAAUCCUGUUGCUGCCCUGCCUAGACAGGGUCUCCUUGUCUUUUCAAAAGAUCUAAUACCAGUUUCUUUUUAACUCCCCUUGAACGUAUUCUCAUUGUAAUGACAUCUUUAGAAAGCAUGGUCCUUGUUUCUUGGAUUUUACCUUUUGAAAUGUAAAGCAUGGUUACUGUAUGUGAAAUGUGACAGUCUAUCUUCUGAGUAAUUAGUUUUAUUACUGAAAUGUUUCAUCCAAUCUCGAGUUUAUUUUUGUA